AAAGAAAAAUUAAGAUCCGGACCAGUUGUGAGAGUGAGAGUUCACGCACUGAGCCCUGAUUUCUCUUUCAUCGCCUUUUUGAAAAACCUUGGCUGAAGCAACCAAACAGCAAUAUAUACUUUUUCGCAUGAGGCUUCUUUCACUGCUCUCGAACCCCGCCAAAACGAAUAUCUUCCAAAGCGCAAAGCGAAAAAAGGUAGAUUCGACUCGCCGGAGAAGAAGGGAAUUCGAAUGGAUCGAAUCACCGCAGUGAACGAGCUCCCCUUUCGGGUUGGGUUCACCGGCCACAGCGGCCACCUCAGGCUCGAGCCCCUCCCGCCCGUCGAACGCCCCAACCCUCUCAAUUCUCUACCCGACUUUAUACUACCACCUGCAUUUCCUAGGGAAACACCCGAAUCAAUAAGAGAGUAUAUAGAGGAGAAGUAUCUCUUGCCAAGAUUGGACCCUGAUGAGUUUUCUCCACAAAAAGCUGGAAGGCAGUGGGAAUUCGACUGGUUCAAUACAGCAAAAAUUCACCUAGAGCCAUCAUUGCCCCGGUCUGUUGUAGUUCCUACAUGGGAAUUACCUUUCAGACGCCCAAAGAAGGGGUUGGAGCAAGAAAAAUGGGAACCCGUGUCGGUGCAGGUGGAGGUAUCAGAACUUACAGUAGAAGCUGAGGAUUCUGGUGGCUUGCCACGCAUGUCUGGAUCUGCAAAGGAUUUUGUAAAAGGAAGCAUCAAUAACCGGCCUUUUCGUCCAGGUGGUUUAGAUGGUUCCCAAGCUUUAGAAAGGAUUCUUCCUGUUGGUGCCUCUAAUGGUGAAUGGGUAUGGGAGGUAAUAAACGGUGGUCCUCCUCAAGCCAUUCCUCCUAGCAUUAAACAAGGACUGGAUCUUGGUAAUCUCAAGGCACAUUCAUACUCAUGGAAUGUUUAUAAGGAUCAAAAUGAGGUCAAGAGCACAUCUGAUGAAAAUCUGAAUCAGUUAUCUGUGCAGUUUGAUGACUUAUUUAAGAAAGCAUGGGAAGAGGAUGUUGCAGAAUUUGUGAGAGAUGGUCAUGUGUCAGAAUCGGAAGCUGAAGUCAAUGAGGAAUCAGUUAAAUUGGAGUCUGUUGAGUUGGAAGCUGAAGUGAAUAAGGAAAAUGUACCUGGUACUGUUUUUGAUACUGAAUCAUCGCUGUUAGAUGAUAUUUUGUUAGUAGAAUCAGGAGGAUCAACUUCAAGAUCGCAUGAAACUAGUGAUAGUGGUGGGCAGCAGCAUAAAGAGGGCUGGGCCAUUAGUGGAGACAGUGAAGGGAUUGCAGAACAUUUUCAUGAACUUGUUCCUGACAUGGCACUUGAAUUUCCUUUUGAACUGGAUAAAUUCCAAAAGGAGGCUAUCUAUUAUCUUGAGAAGGGGGAGUCUGUUUUUGUGGCAGCUCACACAUCAGCUGGGAAGACGGUUGUCGCAGAAUAUGCAUUUGCUCUGGCAUCAAAACACUACACAAGAGCCGUAUAUACUGCUCCAAUUAAAACCAUUAGCAACCAAAAGUACAGGGAUUUUUGUGGAAAAUUUGAUGUUGGCCUUCUCACCGGGGAUGUUAGCUUGAGGCCAGAGGCUUCUUGUCUCAUCAUGACCACUGAGAUACUAAGGUCAAUGCUUUAUAGGGGUGCUGAUAUCAUACGUGAUAUUGAAUGGGUUAUAUUUGAUGAAGUGCAUUAUGUUAAUGACGUUGAAAGGGGCGUUGUUUGGGAAGAAGUUAUCAUCAUGCUUCCGAGGCAUAUCAAUAUUAUUCUUCUUUCAGCCACGGUACCAAACACAAUUGAAUUUGCUGACUGGAUUGGUCGGACAAAACAGAAGAAAAUUCGUGUCACUGGGACAACAAAAAGACCAGUCCCUUUGGAGCAUUGCAUCUUUUAUUCUGGAGAACUUUAUAAAAUUUGUGAAAAUGAAAUCUUUAAGGCUCAGGGUUUGAAAGCUGCUAAGGAUGCAUACAAGAGAAAAAAUCCAAAUACAGUUGGUGGUGGUACCGGAGCACAUCCUGGGUUUUCAGCAGGCCAUGAAGGGAGUCGAGGUCAAAAACGUGAAAAUUCUUUCCGGGACAAACAGAACAAACAUUCUGGGUCUUUUUCUGGGGUGGGUGGUGGGAACCAACAAACUAGUAGCAAUCGGGUGUCCUGGAGAACAGAAAUGUCUUUGUGGUUGUUGCUUAUAAAUAAGCUUUCAAGAAAGUCAUUAUUACCUGUGGUUAUAUUUUGCUUUUCAAAAAAUCGUUGUGACAAGUCAGCUGAUAAUUUGAGUGCGAUUGACCUCACAAGUAGUUCAGAGAAAAGUGAAAUUCGAGUCUUCUGUGACAAAGCAUUUUCAAGGCUGAAGGGAUCUGACAGGAACCUCCCUCAGGUGGUCAGAGUUCAAAACCUUCUCCGUAGAGGGAUUGGUGUACAUCAUGCGGGGUUGCUUCCAAUUGUUAAAGAAGUUGUUGAGAUGCUUUUUUGCCGUGGUGUGAUUAAGGUUUUAUUUUCAACAGAGACAUUUGCAAUGGGAGUAAAUGCCCCAGCUAGGACGGUGGUUUUUGAUACCUUAAGGAAGUUUGAUGGCAAGGAAUUUAGGCAAUUGCUUCCUGGAGAAUACACUCAAAUGGCUGGUCGUGCUGGCAGGAGAGGUCUGGAUUUAAUUGGUACAGUGAUCAUUAUGUGCCGUGAUGAAAUUCCAGAAGAGAGUGAUUUGAAACGUGUCAUAGUUGGCAGUGCAACCAGGCUUGAAUCUCAAUUUCGACUGACCUACAUCAUGAUCAUGCAUCUCCUUCGUGUUGAAGAAUUGAAGGUGGAGGACAUGUUGAAAAGAAGUUUUGCUGAAUUUCAUUCUCAGAAGAAACUUCCAGAGAAACAACAACUGCUAAUGCGAAAGCUUGCUCUGCCUACGAAAACUAUCGAAUGUAUAAAGGGUGAACCCUCAAUUGAGGAAUACUAUGAGAUGCACUCAGAAGCUGAGAAACAUAGCAACCAGAUAUCAGAGGCACUCAUGCAGUCCUCCCACUUCCAACAAGCUCUUUCGGUUGGAAGAGUCAUGGUUGUGAAGUCGCAGUCAGACCAAGAUCACUUGCUUGGAGUCAUUGUAAAAGUACCUUCUGCUAAUACUAAUACUAAACGAUACAUAGCUUUAGUCCUAACACCGGAAUUACCACCAACUUCACAAGCUUCCUUGACUGGUGGUAAUUUGCAAGAUAAGAAGACUGCUGAUUUUCAGAUACUGGCACCAAAAGCAAAACGUGGUUUUGAUGAUGAAUAUUAUUCUUCCCCCACUGCUCGCAAAGGAUCAGGUGUUGUCAACAUAAAAUUACCUCACCAUGGUAGUGCUGCUGGUGUGAAUUAUGAGGUUAGGGAGAUUGACAAUAAAGAGAUCCUAUCUAUAUGCAAUUGCAAAGUGAAGAUUAAUCAAAGUGGGCUUCUAGAAGAUAAUAGCAGUGCUGCUUAUUCUAAGACUGUGCAAGAGCUAUUAGAUAAAAAAUCUGAUGGAAAGUACCCUCAGGCAUUGGAUCCAGUGAAAGAUCUGAGGUUGAGUGACUUGGAAGUUGUGAGCGUUUAUCACAAAUGGAAUGGCCUAUUGCAGAAGAUGGCACAGAAUAAGUGUCAUGGGUGUGUUAAAUUGGGGGAACACAUCAAACUAGCAAAAUUGAUAAAGAGUCAUAGAGAGGAAGUCGAUGCUCUUAAGUUUCAAAUGUCAGAUGAAGCACUUCAGCAGAUGCCAGACUUUCAGGGUCGAAUUGAUGUUCUGAAGGAAACUGGCUGCAUAGAUACUGACCUGGUUGUUCAGAUCAAAGGGCGCGUUGCUUGUGAGAUGAAUUCUGGGGAGGAGUUGAUAUGCACGGAAUGGUUGUUUGAGAACCAACUGGAUGAUCUGGAACCAGAAGAAGCAGUGGCAAUAAUGUCUGCCCUUGUGUUUCAGCAGAAGAAUACUUCUGAACCUUCUCUUACUCCCAGGCUGGCCCAGGCUAAACAAAGAUUGUAUGAAAUCGCCAUAAGACUUGGGGAGCUUCAAGCGCACUGCAAAGUACAGAUUAACCCUGAGGAGUAUGCUCAAGAAAAUCUUAAGUUUGGUCUUGUCGAAGUGGUCUAUGAAUGGGCAAAGGGCACUCCAUUUGCAGAUAUAUGUGACCUUACCGAUGUUCCUGAAGGGUUGAUAGUGAGGACCAUUGUCAGACUAGAUGAGACAUGCCGUGAAUUCAAAAACGCGGCAUCAAUAAUGGGUAAUUCCGCGUUAUACAAGAAGAUGGAAUCUGCUUCCAAUGCAAUAAAGCGUGACAUUGUUUUUGCAGCUAGCUUGUACAUUACGGGUGUGUGAGUGUAAUCAUGUUAUCACCUAAAGGCAUUUGUUUGCCUCUCACCUUCUCAAGUAUGGUGAGAGGGAUUUUGGGGGAAGGAAGAAAGUUUGUUGUAUACUAGUCCUGACGUGGCAUGCCAUGCCUCAGCUAUAAUUUGGCUGAUUUAGGGCUGAUUUAUGCCAUGUCGGUUCAUUGUUUCUGAGGAUCAGUGAAAAUGUACAUUUUAACUUCAUGUUGGAUUCUAACAAACAUGUCCCUGUGGUCAUGUCAAAACUUUUGUGACUGUCUACAAAAGGAUUUGUUUAGGGUUUCUUUUCUUUUUUUUUCUUCUUGGAAUUUGGUGUUAGACCGUUUGUUAUAGAUUCUGUUUACAGUUUAUACAAUAAAAAAUAGUUACACUAAAUUGAUAAAAACUGAUGGUUGAUGCUCCUAA